GCAAUCGAGAGUGUAGCGCACCAUAUAUAAACAUCGCUUUCUGUUAGUAACCGUCCAUGUAAAGAAUAUAACUGCCACGGAGAGACAGAAUUACAGUAGCGCAGAGCAUUUUCAGCACAAGUGAAGCUCUUUAUUAUUUGACAACGACAACGAAAGUUCCUUGCAAACGGGUUAGAGAAAGAGGCCAAGUUGAAAGAAAUUGGUGGACUAGCUGCGGCGCUAGCUUUAGCAUAUGACCCCAAAAAUGACGUCCAGACAUGGCGAGUACGAUGUGCUUUAUUCAGUCAGCAUGGAUUCCUAUGGAAGAUGCCAGAAGAUACGACGGAAAUGUGAUGGGAAGCUUCUGCUGUGGAAGGAGGUCUUUUAUGACACUUUGACCGAGAGUGAGACGCAGACGCUGAUGUCCGAGGUGAAGCGCCUAAAGAAGCUGAAGCACCCAAACAUUGUGAGAUGUUACGACUGCAUCGUUGACAGCGCCAACACCAAGCUCUACAUUGUGAUGGAGGACUGCAUGGGUGACAACCUGGCCAGCCUCAUUGCCUCUAAAUCAAGGGAAAGACGUCAUUUGGAUGAGCAAUUCAUCCUGCGAGUCAUGGCCCAGCUCUCAUCAGCCCUGAAGUUUCACAGGAUGAUUAACGGCAGGCCCGCCACCUUCCUUCAUCACAACUUGAAACCAGACAACAUUUUCCUGGACAGCGAGCAGAAUGUGAAGCUUGGAAAGCCCUCUUACAGGCCUACAGAACAAAGGAACAACAUGUCCUUCAAUGAUAAAUGUGAUAUCUGGUCACUGGGCUGUUUACUGUACGAGCUCUGCACUCUCUGCCGCUAUUUUCCUGCCCAAGAACAAAGAGGUCUUGCAGAGAAGAUGCCAGCAGGCACUAUCAUAAGAAUCCCUGGACAGUACUCUGAGGAAUUAAGCAUACUGCUCAACAACAUGCUCAACUUGACAGACUACCUGAGACCAUCUGUGGAAUCCAUUUUCCAGAGCAACCUGCUGGCUGAAGCAGUCGGGGAGGACGCGAAGAAGGCGCAGCUGUGUCUUCAAAGACGUUUAAAGCGAAUUGAUUGGAAUAAGCGGGUACGCAAUGCUCGCAAAAACAAGGAAAACCUUUCGCCCGGUGAUCCUCAGUUUGUGAUGCUCCACAAGAUUGCCAGGAGGCUCCAGACGGGCAGUCGGCGUGCGAGCCAGGUCGACAAAGAACCAGUCUGUGUCUGUAGCCUCCGUUUGUGACAGCCGGGACUGAAUAUACUGUAAAUAUUUAUAUACCUUUUAAAUACUAUAUUUAUAUACUACUACUGAUGUUUUUAUGCUGUUAUAUAAAGAAAAGUUUUCUAAAUGUGAUUUAUUUAUUUUUUAAUCUGCAUAAUACUGUAUAUAGUACAUGACUAACAAAAAGUUAGAGAUAUUAAGCUUUUCGGUGAAAUUUCCAGAUAAACCUAAUGUGCACUAUAACCUUUACAGAUGAACUCAGUUUGACCUUCUCCAACUGUUCAAUGUUGCAAUACAGUAUAUAUACAAUAUAUGACAUUUUUCUCACAGGAAGCUAAACCGCUGAAUUCACAACAAAUAUUUGAUCCAUUAAUCGACCACUAAGUGUCCUGGUCCAAUUAGAAUUUGUAUCUUCAUCAUGUUGUCCACAUUUUGACAUUAUGAGACCAAGUCACCAAUAGUUGAUCAACAAGUAUUUUGCCAUACCAGGCUUCCAACAGGAUUUUCUCAGAAGGAAGUUGUCAAUGAGUUUAGCGUGUCAUCAGCGGGUCGCAAUGGAGAUACAGAGACCGGUAGAGUCACAGAAAGGCAUAGAAAUGGACGUUGUUGGAAAAAAAUUUUGGGGGGAAAACUGUUGUGAAAUGUAUCAUUCAGUUCCUUGUUAGACAACAGGGAGUUGUGCAAAAAAAAUACUGAAACAAUGAACAGUUGGACGGGUGCAUUUAUAAAUUUAGAGAAGGUCAAAUUAAGUUCACCAGUAAAGGUUAUAGUGCAUUCAAAAUGUUAAAUAAAAAGCUUAUCUCACUUCCAAAAAGUCCCAUUCAACAUGCAAGUAAAAAAAGAUUGCAGAUCUGUACUUGCAUGAAAUCUGGUUAUUUUAGCCAGACAAAUGCAAAAUAUAUUUUCCCCAGCUGUAUUUAAGUUCCAUAUUUAUAGCCAAAUUUCAAUUUUAUAAAUUCCUGUUUUAUUCCGUUAUUCCUAUAAAUUCCUGUUAAUUCCCAUUGAAAAUUCCCUGAUUUUUGUGAACCUAAUGAAAUGUUGACAAAUGUAAAAUGCCAUGUGGUCAUUGCAACUCUUCCAUGCGCUAGUGCCCCACAGAAACCCACUGAUUAAAAUAUGGCAAGGUCUGCCACGAUCCUAUUUUUGGAGGGUCGAUCCUUCAGACAAUAAUAUAAUUUUCGUAAUGUACUAUAUUGAAAAUAAUCAGCACGGUGGUACAGUAACACAUCUGGUUUUGAAUCUCACCUCGCACCUUCCUGUGUGAAGUUUGCAUGUUCUCUCCUGUACUUGUACAUUCACAGGUUCGUUGAAAACUAAAUUGUCAAUUGCUGUUGAAUGUGAAGUGAAUGUUUUUUUUUUAAUCUAUAUCUGUCCUUUGACUGACUGGCGACCAGUUCAGGGUGUACUGCGCCUCUCACCCAAAGUCAACUGCAACAGGCUCCAGCUCACAUGCGACCUGGUAUACAAAAUCAGUGGAUGGAUAUCGAAAAAUAGGUUCAAAAGGGGAGAAAGUAAAUGCUGUCAUUUUGUUAGCAUUUGAUGGUGUGAGUUGCAUUUGCAUGAGACUGCUGUCUCCAGCGUAUAAAUAAAAUAAGUACUUUGAUUGUUUU